AUGACCUCUUCGACUCCUCAGCCCACGACGAGUGCUCGGACAGCCUCGUUCCUCGCUGCAUGUGCUGUAGCACUUGUCUCCGGCACCCCGUACCUCUACUCCACCUAUGCCAACCAGCUCACCACUAAACUCGCCCUCACCGCCGUCCAGUCCAGUCUGGUUGCAGCUGGUGUCCACUAUGGAUUGUUCUUGUCAGGUCCUCUCUUUGGUCGACUCGUUGAUAGCAAAGGUCCACGAACGGUGGGGUGUCUGUCAGCGGCACUGCUCGUGGCUGGAUACUCAGGAUUGUCGUGGACUUACACGGGAGCCUUCGGUUCAUUGGGAUUCUUCACGGCUUUCUUGUUCCUCAUCCUUGUCGGUAUGGGGUCCCAGGCGGGUUACAUGACUUCAGUCAGCACCAAUGCCCACAACUUCCAGUCGGCCCGAGGCAUUGCCAUGGGUGUCCCCAUUGCGGGCUUCGGACUGUCGGCGUUGCUGUUUGCCCAGAUCAGCAGCCACUGGUACAAGGACGAUACCCAGGCUUUCCUGUUCCUUGUCGCCAAGGCCAUCGGCUCAACCAUCUUAAUCUCACUCAUAUUUCUCCAAGUCUUUCCUUCUGAGGAUCUGGAGGCCCCCAAGGAUCAGGAAUCGUCAGUUGCUCAUGCCGCGGGAUCUUCUUCUUCUUCGAGCUCUUCACUGGACGAUGACGAUAUCACCGAGGAGGAGGCAGAACAUCGCAAGAGGAACGCUGAAUUGGAGCGUCUCAUUGUUCCUAAGCUUGCUACUUCUGCUUCUCACGGUCACUCGUCAAGCCUCGCUCUCGUUCCCAAAUCUCUGUCGGGAUUCAAGAUGUUCAGGAUGACACGUCACGCACAGUUGUUGAUGCUUGGAACCAUGCUUCUCUCUGGACCGGGAUUGAUGUAUAUUACCAACGCGGGCAACGUCAUCCGUUCCAUUUACCGCGACCACAUUGACGACCCCUCGAAGCCUCCCACGGACGAGGACUUGAUCCGAUUGCAGCAGCUUCAAAACUUUCAUGUUUCGCUGAUCAGUCUGAUGUCCUGUAUUGGACGGAUCUCAAUCGGAAUGAUGUCAGAUCUGGGCAAGCGUGGUGGUGGGAAGUGGUGGGGGAUCAGCCGGGUGGGGUUCCUGUUGUAUGCGGGAGGUUGUGUGUGGUUGGGACAGACGUUUGGAGCUCAAGUCCGGGACAUUGAUGACCUUGUUCGUGUGUCUCUCCUCGUCGGACUUGGCUAUGGCAGUGUUUUUGGUGUAGCACCCGCCAUUGUUAGUGAAUGGUUCCACGUCUCUAACUUUGGCACUAACUGGGGCUGGAUGUCAGUUACUGGUGCAGUUGGAGGACAAGUGUUCAACCUGCUCUUUGGAUGGUUGUACGACCUUGAGGCCCAGCACGAGCACACACUCGAGUGUUUCGGCACCGAGUGCUUCCACAAGUCGUUUGUCGUGGGAUCAAUUUCUAGCUUCAUUGGAGUAUGUGUGCUGAUCUACCUCUCCAUUCUCGCCCGCCGUCCUACCAGCCGUUGUUAG